AUGAUAAAAACUAUUUUAUAUAAAUUUUCUACUUUCAAAUCUCUAUAUGGCUAAGCAGGUACUGUGAGUUUUAAAUUAUUAAAUGGUUAACAUUAAGUAACUUUAUAGACUCAUUGGGAAGACAAUUGUGAAUAUUAUUGUUAGCCUGAAACUGGUUUUUUAUUUGAGGAUUAAAAAGAUAAAAGUGAAAUUUCAAAUAUAGAAGAAGGUAAAUAUCAAACAAAAAUUAAUAUACCUGAAUAUUAUAAUUAUAAUGGAAUUAUUAAUGGUGAUCUUUAGCAUAUUUCUGCUAAUAUAGAUGCAAAAUUAUAUGGAAAUAUUGAUAUAGAUUUAAGUGGAGAUUUUUAAUCUCAAAAGAUAAAAUCUGAAAUCUGUAGAAUCAAAGCAAAUAAUUUAAAAAUAAAUUCUGCAUUAGAAACUUAAUUUGGAGAAUUAUCAAUUAAAAAUAAUGUCACAAUUAAAAAAUUACUAAUUUCAAAAGUAACAAAUUUAUAUUAAGAAAAUGGAGAAUGUAAAAUUUAAGCAGGUUAUGUUUAAAAUAUACAAUAAAAUACACCUAUUCUUUAAAAAUCUUAAUUUUUAGAAAAUAUUGAAUAAAAUAAUCAUUUUUUUAUAUCAUCUUAAGCAAAAAAUUUUAAUAUUGGUACAUUUUCAGGAAGAUUGAAAUGUAAUUUAAAUGCAUAAUCAUUCUUCAUAAAAUCUAUGUCAGGAUUAUUUUAUAUUAAUUAAGCUAAAAAUUUAGAAUUAGGAAUAACAAAUUAAUAUAAUUAAGGAUUUAUCAAAGCAGAUAAUAUUAAAUUAAAUAUUUAUGAAAAAUUGAACUUUAACAUAUUUAAUUAUGGUAAUUCAAUUUAUGAAUUUAAUGAAUCUUAUUAUAGUAUUUAUACUGAAUGUAAUAAACUUGAAGUUAGAAAAAUUAAUAAUCCUUUUGGGAUUUUAUGA